UUAGCCGAAUGCCCCUACCCACGCUUUUUGAACGGUGAGAGCAUGCUUUGCUCUUGUCUAUCCAAGAAAUCUUUACGACCCAGGAGAAACCCUAAAUAGCUUCUGAUAUUCUGAACUUGUCAAGCAAUGGAAUGGUCAGUUACUGAGAAUUCAUUAUUCCUUCUCAAUCUGUGCUUACAUGUGAGUUCUUCUUCAUAAAUUGAGGUUAGCUUUCUCGAAGAAUCGGCGAAAAGGUUGCAUUCAUGCGCUCAGGUUAGAUUCUCUAGUUCCCUUUCAUGGCGGGUUUGUCUUACCUGAAAAGGGCUCUUGAUUCUUCUCUCCACCGGGGAGGUACGGAAAAUUUCGCUGCAUAUUCGAGUAUUGCUUUUCGGGUUUUGGGUUUUCUGAAUGUAAGAGCUUUUUCAUCCGUUGAAGAUGUGGAAACUGGUAAUGGGCACGACCAGGAUGAAGUGAAACUCCAUCAAGUCCGUUGUUUGCUGAGUGAGUAUGGGUUCACGACGGACCAAAUAACCAGAGUUUACAAGUAUACUUUAACAAAAUCUAGGAACGAGGAAACGCUUUCUGAAAAGCUUGCAUUUUUUAGGUCUAUUCUGGGCUCAAAUGAUGAUGUUGCGAGGAUUGUCGCUGCAUAUCCUAAAAUGUUACAAUACAGCUUGGAGAAUAAACUCAUGCCAAACUACCAGUUCAUGAAAUCUAUUCUUGGCCGGGAUGAGGUAGUUGCUAAGAGCAUUAGACGUUGGUCAGCUCUCUUGUGCAUUGGCAUUCAAAACAAUUUGGCUGUUAAAGUUUCUUUCCUCAGAGAAUCCGGUCUCCCCUGUUCUUCCAUAGCCAAAUUAAUGGAGAAUUCUCCACGUGUGUUUGGUAUGUCUUCUACCUCUAAACUCGAGGAAUCUGUGAAGAAAGCAAUGGAUUUGGGGUUUAAACCUUCGAACCCUUUGGUUGUCUCUGCUAUCAGGGCGAUAUGUCAGAUCAGUGGAUCAAUUUGGGAUCGGAAAGUUGAGCUUUAUAGAAAAUGGGGUUGGUCGAAAGAAGACUUUGUCACGGCUUUCAAGAAGCAUCCUUCCAUUAUGUUUACAUCAGAGGAGAAGAUAAACAAGAAAGUCUCACGGAAGCUCUUGUUUUGAAUUCAAUGACGACUCUUUUGAAGGGGAAAACAUCUGAGUGGAAAUUGGAGUCGAGCAGAGGUUUCAAUCAAUCACUGGACUUUAGAGGCCAAACUGGCUGCUGGUACUUAGGGGUGUACAAUUCGGUCAUGGUUAUAAUCUUUAUUCACUUAUUUUAUGGUUCAAUUGAAGGGAGUCUUGACGCACCAGUUGAGCGGUCAUCGUUGUGAUUUAGAGGUUACGACAUCUUUUAUAAUGUUCUGUAAUAUAAGAUUCACCUACAAUUCACCCUUCCCCAGCACCUCCGGGACGGCGGUUGUUGACGACGGCAAAACUCCGGCGAUUCGAGCGAUUCCAGAUAAGUACCUGAAAUUAAAAGAUUCGAGGCUAUUGGAGCACGGUGAACUCCCAGGAUA